AUGGAGAAAAUUGUUGCGACAGUUGCCUGCAUGGCUAAGGGUAUGCAGGCAUACUUGAGUCGUUGCGAGUCUGAUCUUUUGGAGAGAAGCAACCAUGAAGUCCUCGCUUUUGUUGUGGCAGUUGCCUGUGUGGCUUACGGUACUGGCAUGCAAGGCUACUGGAGUGCUUCUGAGUCCGAUCUGGUCCAUUUUGUGGUCUGUUUGGUUGGUGCAUUGAUUGGAUACAUUGCACUGUGUGCCCUCGUCAAGAUUGUUGCAGUGAAGCAAACCGAAGGAAACCAGCUCCUAUCCAAGGAGGUAGCGUGGAUGGCGUGGCUUCAGCGAGGCGCUGGCUCUCGGCCUGAGCAAAAUCAACCUCUGAACAUUCGGGUCGCAAGUUUCUGCCGGCAUCUUGUCACAGAUGAAGCAAUCUUCAUCGGAACCCCAGUUCUUGUUUGGACCUUUCAAGAACGAAUCAUGUUCCUCCCAUUUGCACUGAACAUCAACGAGAUUGCCAAUGGCUUGAUGAAGUGGUGCGUGCAAAGGCCACGGCCCUAUUGGGUCGAGAAAGACAUUAUCAAUCCUAUCAAGAAGCAAGAACUGGACUAUUCGUUCCCAAGUUCCCAUGCUCAAACCUCAGCCAGCUUUGCAACCACCCUCUUCAUGGAGUUUGGUGUCAACCCCAUCACUCUGACCAUAUCAUUUCUUUGCGUUGUUGUUUGUAUCUCAAGAAUCACACUAGGCGUGCACUACCCCACUGACGUGGCUGCUGGAGUCUUCCUUGGUGUGAUUUUGACCUAUGGACUAGAGAAGGCAGAUGUGCUGAAUCAGUUCAUUGAAGACUUGGAUUUACAAGAACAACUCAAGGCACUAGCCAUCUUUUUUGCACUCAUUCCCACGGCAUUUGGGCUCAUCCGUCACCUUUUUCAGCAAGACAGUGCCACCCUAGCCAAAAUCCAGACCAAGGAUGUCUUUCGCAGUGGCAACAACAAGGUCAAUGUCCAUCAAAUGGAUGCGACGAUUCGAAGCCUUGACAAGUACAGCUUCACUUUGAUCAGCCUGUUUGGAUCUGGUGUGGGAUGUGUUCUCAUGUUGCAAGACAAUCGAAACUACACCAUGCAGUUCCCCGUCAGUGCAAUGACGUUGACAGAAGUAAUGCAGAGCGAUUUCUUGUGGAAGCGCAUCUUGCUUGUUGGAGUCCCCAUCAUGCUCUCCUUGUUCAUGAUGGCAUUGGUCGUGCCCAAGAAAUUGACUUCCAACAGGGGCAGCAAUCAGGCUACAAAGUUCAAGUGCCAGAUUCUCGCCCUCUCCUUGAAGCUUAUUGGAUCGUUCUUGUUGGGACUAUGGGUCAUGUACGGAUGUCCCAAGUGUGCUUGGCUACUGCAUUGGGAAGAUCCCCUGAUGGCAUGCCGGCAUCAUCAUCACCGGAAUCAAUCUCUUUUGGUGACUGGUACCAUCAUGAGCAACAAACAGUAG